AUGACGGAUAAGGAUGGUGGAUUCGAUGAUGCUGUUGAGGAGAGGGUCAUCAAUGAAGAGUAUAAAAUAUGGAAGAAAAAUACUCCCUUUCUUUAUGACCUUGUGAUGACCCAUGCUCUGGAAUGGCCAAGUUUGACUGCUCAAUGGUUACCUGAUGUUACAAGACCUGAAGGGAAGGACUACUCUUUGCAUCGGUUGAUUUUGGGGACACAUACCUCCUCAUCUCCCGAUUCGAACAACUCUCGGAUCCCUCUUUCUCUAUCUCUCUUUCAUGUUAAUCUGCUCUCCUUCCCCCCCCCUCCCUUUCCAUACCAUUGGACACUGGAUAAACCACUCAGCUGUAGGUGGCAUUCUGACAAUCUGGACAGAUCGGAUGAACAAAAUCAUCUGCUUAUUGCCAGUGUCCAAUUGCCUAAUGACAAUGCUCAGUUUGAUGCUUCUCAUUAUGACAGUGAAAAGGGAGAAUUUGGUGGUUUUGGCUCAGUUAGUGGGAAAAUUGAAAUUGAGAUAAAGAUUAAUCAUGAGGGUGAAGUAAACAGGGCACGAUAUAUGCCUCAAAAUCCAUGUAUUAUUGCAACAAAGACGCCGUCCAGUGAUGUACUGGUCUUCGACUACACCAAGCAUCCAUCAAAACCAGAUCCAAGUGGUGAGUGUAAUCCUGAGCUGAGAUUAAAAGGCCAUCAGAAAGAAGGUUAUGGCUUGUCAUGGAAUCCCAACUUGAAUGGACAUUUGCUUAGUGCUUCUGAUGAUCAUACCAUCUGCUUGUGGGACAUCAAUACAACUCCAAAAGAAGGCCGUGUGAUUGAUGCUCACACAGUAUUUACUGGACAUACUUCUGUUGUAGAAGAUGUAGCUUGGCAUCUUCUUCAUGAAAGUUUAUUUGGAUCUGUUGCUGAUGAUCAAAAACUCAUGAUAUGGGAUACAAGAUCAAACAAUACAAGCAAACCCAGCCACACUGUCGAUGCCCAUACUGCCGAGGUUAACUGCUUAUCUUUUAAUCCCUACAGUGAAUUCAUUCUGGCCACUGGAUCAGCUGAUAAGACUGUUGCUCUGUGGGAUUUGAGAAAUUUGAAAUUGAAGUUGCAUUCAUUUGAAUCACAUAAGGAUGAAAUCUUUCAAGUUCAAUGGUCACCUCAUAAUGAGACCAUCUUGGCCUCCAGUGGCACAGAUCGUAGAUUGCACAUUUGGGAUCUUAGCAAAAUCGGUGAAGAACAAUCUGCUGAAGAUGCAGAAGAUGGCCCUCCUGAAUUAUUGUUCAUUCAUGGUGGGCAUACAGCCAAAAUAUCUGACUUUUCUUGGAAUCCAAAUGAACCUUGGGUUAUUUGCUCAGUAUCUGAAGAUAACAUCAUGCAAGUUUGGCAAAUGGCUGAGAAUAUUUAUAAUGAUGAGGAGCCUGAAACACCAGCUGGAGAACUUGAGACGACCAGAUCUUAA